AUGAAGGAAAUGGGAGCUGCUGUCUUCCUGUUAGUGGAGCAAGGUGGAGCUGUAUUAGCUGCUUGUGGCCAAGUGGAAUCUCUCUUGAAGAAGGUUGAAUUAUGUGGAAGUCUGCCCAGGGCUUACAAGUACGUAUCUGAGCUAUGGAGGAAGAAGCAAUCAGAUGUGAUGAGGUUUUUGCAAAGGGUUAGGUGUUGGGAGUACCGCCAGCAUCCUUCUAUUGUUCGGGUCACGCAUCCUACACGCCCUGACAAGGCUCGCCGCUUGGGCUAUAAGGCGAAGCAGAACAAUGUUGUUUCUCGGUUGCAUUGUGUGAUUCUUGCUGGUCAGGCACUGUCUGUGUAUUCAUUCUUCUCUGGGAGGAUGCUUAUGUACAAUGAUGGCAUGCUUACUAAUACCAGCAAUAUCAGAAUAACAGAUCAUCUGACCAAAUGGGCUCGUGCUUUGUUGAGUUCAUUUUUGUCUCGAUCUGAUACAGGCUAUGUUGUUUAUCGUAUCCGUGUUAGGCGGGGUGGUAGGAAGAGGCCUGUUCCCAAGGGUAUUGUAUAUGGUAAGCCUACAAACCAGGGUGUUACUCAACUGAAGUUUCAACGAAGCAAGAGGUCUGUGGCAGAGGAGCGUGCUGGCCGGAGAUUGGGGGGCCUCAGAGUUCUUAACUCAUACUGGAUUAAUGAGGAUUCUACUUACAAGUACUUUGAGGUAAUCUUGGUUGAUGUUGCCCACAAUGCCAUCCGCAAUGACCCAAGAAUCAACUGGCUGUGCAACCCUGUUCACAAGCACAGGGAGCUCCGGGGCCUUACCUCUGCUGGGAAGAAAUACAGGGGUCUACGUGGCAGGGGACACUUGCCCCAUAAAGCUCGACCUUCUCGCCGAGCAAACUGGAAGAGAAACAACACCCUUUCCCUUCGUCGUUACCGCUGA